AUGGCUUUCAGUGUAGAUGUACUCGUCAUCGGCAUCAUCUCACCCGCAUUACUUCCCAAAUCUGAACUGCAGCAGCUGUACUGCAGCAGAUGUUUUGAGCAUAGGACCGUUCUCGCAGUCGUGACAGGUGAAAAGGGUCCCAGUGUGUCGCUGCCUCCGCCCGUCCUCCGCCCCCUCUGCUUCUUCCUGGUUUCUCCCCAAGUAGAGAUGGCCGAGGAGACGGGUGUUUGGGCUCCCACCGAGUCAGGGAAACGCCACAGCUGUGGUCGAAUCUCUGCACAAAAAUCUGGGCGAUUUCCCCUACUCAAAUGGCUUUUACAGAAAUUGGCGAUGGCGCAGUUAAUGAAUUUAACAGUGUCACAACGAGGAUCGUUACUAGUCGGUCCUAAUUGUCAGCCCUCUCAGGCACGCCUUAAAAUUCCAAAGCGGCCCCCGCAAUUCAUGCCACCACCGCUGUCGAAGGCCUCAACCUCCCCUAUCCCCCUCCUUAAAGGCGCGUUUACUCAGGUGGAGGUUGGGUCCCCCAAUCUGCCCUUUGCGAGGUAG